UAAAAUUAAAUUAAUCUGACAAACAUUGACGCCGGCAAUAAAAUUCUCGAGGAGAAUAUCAUACACGGAUACCUUUCGAUCAUCGUUUCUGGACUCUGACCCUAUUACAAACAAUUAUCAAGACUCAAACAGCCAGUACAAAGAUCUGAAGAUGGUUUGCUUGAUGUGUUUGUUGCCGCUUUUCCUCGUCCCAAUCGUGAAUGUAUUGCCGAUUCUGUAUUAUUAUUUCAUGGCUAAAGUCUAUCGGCUCUUUGGUUGGGAAUAUCGUAAGCCAGAGAUAGUACCCCCGGCAUGUCCCUAUAAACCUGCGGCCAACAAGAGCAGCAUUAGCGGAAUUUGUUUCUAUUUAAAUCAUGGAUGCACACCAAUAAUGGCUUUUGAUUUCUGAUUAUAAAAAGACCAAGAAGGAUUAUGUGGACAAGUGGUGAAGGGAUGUCAUUGUUUCCUCCCUUUUUUGUAAGGAAAAAAAAAAAGACGAUGGGAUUGGGCAAGAAUUACUAUUUGUUGGUUUGGCUUUGAAGGGAUGCUUACUCCAUUUGGUUAUUUAGUUUGGUUUGUAGACCACAAUUGUUAUUCCAGAAAGAAAGAACCAUCAAGUACAAAUUGAGACGGAGAACUGGAAAUUACUUUGUAAAUAUGUGUAUUGCUUUAUACAGCCUUUAGUCCUUCGUGCU